UUAAGUGUUAAGAGUUGAGAGUGGCUGAGCAGAGAGAGAGAGGGUUUGGGAUCAAAGAUCAAUGAAUUGCAGUGAGGCAGCAUCAGGAGGAGACAUGAGUGUGAAACCUGCUGCAUGGCUUGAGAGGCUUAUGGCUGAGACAUUCUUUGGUGGUUGUGGGGUCCAUCAGAAUCACAAGAAGAACGAGAAGAACGUCUUUUGCUUGCACUGUUGCCUUAGCAUCUGCCCCCACUGCCUCCCUUCUCACCGCUCCCAUUCCCUUCUCCAGGUGAGAAGGUAUGUUUACCAUGACGUGGUUCGAUUGGGUGAUCUGGAAAACCUCGUCGAUUGUUCCAAUAUUCAGCCAUAUACCAUUAACGGUGCGAAAGUGAUAUUCUUAAAUCAGAGGCCACAAUCAAGGUCAUGCAAAGGCACUGCCAAUUCUUGCUGCACUUGUGACAGGAUUCUUCAGGAGCCCUUUCGCUUCUGUUCUCUGUCAUGCAAGUUGGAGGGUCAAAUAAGAGUUGAUUGCUAUACCCAAUUUGUCCCCACUUCCUCCUGCUCGAAUACUGAGGCUACCAGUAGCAGCAUUGCCAACAACAACAACAACAACAAGACCAAUGGCUUCUUCCUCUCUCUUGGAAGCAGGAGAAAGGGGGCUCCCCAUAGAGCUCCACUCUCCUAGCGAAACGUUGAACAAAUAAAUAUGGGUACAUUUUAUUAUUUGACAUUGACUUAUGACCUAAUAAAUGAGUUUAUAGGUUUUAGUUAUGUCACCUUUGCAGUGUGUAUUUUCUCUCUCUCUCUCUCUUACACACAAGUAUCUUCCUUUGGAGGAUCUUAUUUGAGGCAUAGUGCUCACUCACUAUGUGUUUAUGUGCUUGAGUUACAGUGUCUGUAUUAAUCUCCAACACAACAAACUACUAGAGUAGGCAUAGUGAUAUUGUGAUGGGAAGAUUUGGAUAAUAUGUAGGAGAUAAUAGAUUUUAAUUUUAGUGUGAUUGCUGUACACCGGAAAAAAAAUAUUAUGCUUGUAUUGAUUUGAAGAAUUUUUCAUUACCAUCUAAGGUGGUUAUUGAAGCCGCCAAUUUUGCUUUGAUGGAAUGGAAAUUUUUAGU